GCUAUAAAAUGUGAGAAGCGUGCGCUAGCCUUUCCCCUCUCUCCAUCCCUCCCUCUCACACACAGUCAUCAGAGAGAGUAUGAGAAGGCUGGACUGCCUGGACUGACUAUACACAGGACUGGGAUACUGCAGCAGGAGUACACACUUCUACCUGAUACCUCUGUCUGCACGCUACAGCACUUAACAGGAGAGCAGCACCAUGACCAGGAAGGUGUUCACCAACACACGGGAGCGCUGGCGGCAGCACAACGUCAACACUGCCUUUGCUGAGCUCCGCAAACUCAUCCCCACCCACCCACCAGAGAAGAAGCUGAGCAAGAACGAGAUCCUGCGGCUGGCCAUGCGCUACAUCAACUUCCUGGUGCAGCUGCUGGAGAGCCAGAGUGGUGAGCCGGCCUCGCACUCCCCCACAGCCCUGCUCACCUUCCUCAGGGGCAACGUGGAAUGUCUCCACUCCUCCUCCCAGACCUGGGGCCUGGCCAGCGAUACUGACGCCCUCUCCCCUGGAUCAAGCUGUGACAGCACCGAGGCCUGGUAGUGUGCCUGCUGCAGUUUCCUCUGAUGGGUGAUCAUCCACCACUCCCUUGGGUGAAACUGUCUGUCACAAUGCCCCCAUCCAUAGACUCCAUUUUGGCUCUGUUACACUUGAGGAGUACAGUGUUGGUGGUGAUGGCAAGCGGAAGAUGAUUGUGGAUGAUGCCGUGCCUGCUGAAUUAAAUACAUUGAGAUGGAUUUAUUUAGCUACACUUUGAUGUUGAAAUUAUGACAGGGGUGGAUGGGAGCCUUGUGAAAUGUCAUCUGUAAUCUGCAUGGAUGUAGCUUGGAUGUAUUCCCCCCUUCAUGUCUGACAUGUAUUUUCAUCUUGUCGGUGGGGAAAGAUGUCCACAUCAAAAAAGUUUAGUUUGGAAAUAAGAAAUAAGGAUGCAUUAAGGCCAUGAAGCAUAAUUUAAUGGAAUUUAUUUGGGAAAGACAUUUCAGGAAAGAUAAAGUCUUGUCCAAUUCACCAAGGACUGCAAUCUAAUUACAAAAAGCUAAGGGCACUUUUUUUUGUUGAAAUUACGAUUUUAUGAUGAGACUGAUUAUGACCUUGCAAAUCGAUUUUAUUAUCAAAAUCCUGCAAUAUGACCACAUUCAUUGAUUGACACAUUGCUGUUAUAUGCAUUGAUUGAUUAUUUAUUGGGAUGACAGGGAUAGAGCUGUAUGAUAACACAAUUGACAAUCCUCUUUGAAAUAUGUGCCUAUUGUAGGACUGUAUUGUAUGAACAGAUAACAGGAAUAGUUUUUGUUGUCUGUCCAUUCAAGUAUUUAUUCAUCUUUUUGUACAAUAAGCAUGUCAUGUAACCAAAGAUUAUUAUUUAACCAUCUUUUGUCAAGGCUAUUGUGAUUAUUUCCUUAUGAUGCUUUUUUGUAAAUUAUGUUGGUUAAUAUUAAGUUGUGAAUAUGUUAUUUAUUGGAACUAUUUAUUUAAAAAUGAUUGUUUGAAUUUAUCAAAAGUAAUAAAGUACACAUUAAGUACCA